UAAACAUCUCGCACUUCCGUGUUUGGACUUUGUUUGUUCACUCUCUCUCUCUGACCAAAUUGAAGUCUUCCAGGUUCAUCAUCGCCUCUCUGAUUCUUGAUUCCCCUUCAGAGUAAGCGUUUCUCAAAUUCUCCCGCGUUCCAAAUUCAUAAUUUUUUGCCGCUGAUUUUCGCUUCAAAUUUCCAAAAUCCUUCAUCGAUUCAAAGUUUUAACCUAACCCACCAUUUCAAUUCUGCGUUUUUGGAGAAAGGUGUCGUUUAAAGAUCAAGAAAUCGGUUGUUCUCAAACUUUUAGUUGAUGGGCACAAUUAAACCGUUUAGAGAAACCUCUAAACUCUCUUCGAAUCCUCCGUCGGUGACCUCCUCUACCGCUCGAUUCGAGACUGUUAAUAAUUCGCAUGAUUUCAAGAUCAAUGGCUACUCCCUCAACAAAGGUAUGGGAAUUGGGAAAUACAUUACAUCGGAUACGUUUGUCGUUGGUGGGUACGAGUGGGCUAUCUAUUUCUAUCCCGAUGGUAAGAGUAUGGAGGACAGCGCGGCUUAUGUCUCGAUUUUCAUAGCGCUUGUCAGCGACGGCGCCGACGUCAGGGCACUUUUUGAAUUGACGCUUCUCGAUCAGAGUGGAAAGGGGAAUCAUAAGGUGCAUAGCCAUUUUGAAAGGAGGCUCGAGAGCGGUCCAUAUACCCUCAAGUAUCGUGGAAGCAUGUGGGGUUAUAAACGUUAUUUCAAAAGAACUGUUUUGGAGUCAUCAGAUUACCUUAAAGAUGACUGCCUCUCAAUUAAAUGUGUCGUUGGUGUUGUUAAAUCACAAACAGAGGGGCCUAAAAUCUAUUCUAUAACAACGCCACCAUCUGACAUUGGUCAGCAAUUUGGGAAGCUUUUGGAAAGUGGUAAGGGUGCUGAUGUAAAUUUUGAAGUAGAUGGUGAAAUAUUUGCAGCCCACAAGUUGAUCAUUGCAGCACGUUCACCUGUAUUCAGGGCACAACUUUUUGGCCCAUUGAAGGAUAAAGAUACUCGAUGCAUAAAGGUUGAAGACAUUGAAGCUCCUGUAUUUAAGGCAUUACUUCAUUUCAUGUACUGGGACAAUUUACCCGACAUGCUAGACCUUGUUGGUGCAAACUCUAAGUGGGCAUCAACUCUUGUGGCUCAGCAUCUUCUUGCAGCUGCAGAUCGUUAUGCAUUAGACAGGCUUAAAUUGCUUUGUGAGGCUAAACUCUGUGAAGAUAUUGCCAUAAAUACUGUGGCGACUACAUUAGCUUUAGCAGAGCAGCACCAUUGUUUUCAGUUGAAAGCUGCAUGCCUCAGAUUUAUAGCCAUGCCUGAAAAUUUGAAAGCCGUGAUGCAAUCAGACGGGUUCGAUUAUCUGAACGAAAGCUGCCCGGCUGUUCUUACUGAGCUACUGCAAUAUGUAGCAAAAGUGACUGAACACAACAUACUCGCUUCUGGAUUUGGGAAUAUGACCUUUCUAGAUUGCUGCGAUCUGAACGGAAGGCGUGUGAAGCAAAGGUUAUACUGACCGAUUUCGAAGCGAAGCAAAGGGAAACCUUUGAGGUAUUAGGAUUUAGACAUUUUUCUUCUGUAUUCAAUUGAUAUUCCACAAGUUGUUAUAUGAAUGAAUUAUAAAAUAGAGUUCCUAUUUUGUUGUCUGUUGUAAGCCAAAGGAAGUGACAUUGGUGAGGUCUGUCCGUGGUUUUAGUUUGUGUACAGUACAGUCUUUGUAAGGCCCCCAUCCCUAACAAGAAAAGAAACGAGUAUUUGGACUUUCAGUUUCAGCUAUAUUAUGAACACUCUAUGCCUGUUGAUGUUGAACUUCUGCUGUAUCAAGAAAA